GAUGGGCCCAGGAUCUGCCUCUCUCUUUCAGUCAAACAGGCCUCAAGGCAAACUCCUCCAGGGUCUAAACCUUCAACAACAGUGAAAAUGCCGGCCGAUUACAAUGGACGCUGGGAGAUGGUGAAAAACGAGAACUUUGAAGAGGUUAUGAAGGCCUUGGACAUCGACUUUGCCACCAGAAAGAUCGCCAGCCAUCUUCACCAGACCAAAGUGUUCGUGCAAAACGGAGACAAGUUUGAGACCAAGACCUUGAGCACCUUCAGGAAUUAUGAGGUGAAUUUCACGAUCGGAGUGGAGUUUGAGGAGCACACCAAAGGCCUGGACAACAGAAAAGUCAUGACUCUGGUUACCUGGGACGGGGACAAGCUCGCCUGUGUCCAGAAGGGAGAGAAGCAGAACCGAGGCUGGAGGCACUGGAUCGAAGGGGACUUGCUCCAUCUGGAAAUCUUUGUAGAGGACAAGCUCUGCCAUCAAGUCUUCAAGAAGGCAUAAGAACACAACAGCUCUGCACGUUUGACCAUUUCUAUUUAUA